CGCCGCUCCUCGCCGCGGGCCGGGCCGAGCUCAGCCUGCAGAGAGUACUUGGCAGCCGAGGUGUUCGGGCGCGUCGUGUCCCUCCGUGUGCCCCUCCGCGUGUCCCUCGCGUGUCCGGACGUUCGUGCUCUCGCGUGCCCCUCGCCGGUCGACCCCCGCAGCGGCGCGGCCCCCUGCCCAGCGCGCCCAGCGCCCUGGUGGAUGUGCGCGAGUGGUCCAUGGCCCGCGCCCAUAGCUCAGCCGGCGGGGUGGCGCGGCUGAGUGGCGGUUGAGGGCGGCGGUGACAAAGAGUGUGGUGGUGGUUGACCCGCUGGUUGACGAGUGCGGAAGUGCUUCCAUAGUGGUCUGGACACAUACAAGACGUGCAGCGCCAAGAUGACGGCCCAUCGGUCGACCUGGGCGGCCACGUUUGCCGUCAUGCUGCUUUUGGAGUCGACCGUCGCCAACUGGUGGAUGCUGGGGAUGCACGGCUCCUCCGCGGACCUGAACCCGCUGAGCAGCCACAGGGACAACUGCCUCAAGCUCAACUACCUGGCGGAGCGACAGCAGCAGCUCUGUGGCCUCAGCGAGAACGUCCUCACGGCCAUCAGCACGGGAGCCAGGCUGAGCAUAGACGAGUGCCAGCACCAGUUCAGAAACAGCCGCUGGAACUGCAGCACGUUUAACAACUCGGGGAACGUGUUCGGAGGCGUCCUCUCAGUUCACAGCCGUGAGACGGCCUUCAUCUACGCCAUCUCCGCGGCGGGCGUGGCCUACGCCGUGACGCGGGCGUGCUCGAGGGGCGAGCUCAACGAGUGCUCGUGCGACAGCCGCGUGAGGGUGCGCAAGACCAAGAAGAAGUGGCAGUGGGGAGGCUGCUCUGAGGAUAUUCGCUUUGGUGAGAAGUUCAGCAGGGAUUUCGUGGACUCGAAGGAAACUGGAGACUCGCCUGGGGGGCUGAUGAACCUGCAUAACAACGAGGCCGGCAGACGGUCGAUCCGGUCGCGCAUGGAGCGCGUGUGCAAGUGCCACGGCAUGUCCGGCUCGUGCUCGGUGCGCGUGUGCUGGCGCAAGCUGCCGCCCUUCCGCGUGCUGGGCGAGGCGCUGGCGCAGGCCUACGAGGGCGCCACGCAGGUGCGGCUGUCGGACAAGCGCCGGCGCCACACCAAGAGCAAGCGGCUGCGCGCCGUGUCCCGGGAGAUCAAGCCGCCCAACCGGACCGACCUCGUGUACCUGGAGGAGAGCCCGGACUACUGCGAGCGCAACGACACGAUGGGCAUCCCGGGCACCAAGGGCCGCGUCUGCAACCGCACCUCGCCCGGCCUGGACGGCUGCCGCCUGCUGUGCUGCGGCCGCGGCCACAACACCCGCAUGAAGGAGGUGGAGGAGAAGUGCCAGUGCAAGUUCGUGUGGUGCUGCAAGGUGCAGUGCCAGACGUGCCGCGUGCGCGGCGAGGAACACACGUGCAAGUGAACGAGACGCAAGGGUCACGGGCUCCGGUCACGGUCACGGCUGUGACGCGCUGUGGCGGGGCCGUGGCUGGGCAACACGGUCCCGUCUAGAAAAUGGGGUCGAAUUCGGGUUUGCUAGAAUGACAACCUCUAUAAUCGACGAGAAUUUGGAAAAGCCAACACCACCGACGACACGCCUUUGACUGUGACAAAGUAGUGUCGUAGUCCAAAGGUCUGGACAGUGUCAAACAAAAAAUCUUUAAAAAAUAAUUAUCAUAUAUGAUGUGGAAUGGGCGUCGUUGGAGUCGAAACUUGCCUGGUCUUGCGAAGAAUGUCAAUUCGCACUCUCUACAGUUUUGUACAGAUCCGUUUUUGAUAAGCUAGUUUAAGCACAUGUCCAAGUUAAAAGAAGGGGAAGAAAACUAAUUGAAUCACUGCCAAACCUAAAAAGUUGUGAGAGUGUACAACCUGUUGUGCUAAAUAUACAUAAAAAGUAAAACUUCUUCAACAAAUGUUCGCAUAAAACAUUGCACCAUGUGUACCUUGUGUGUAGUUGCCAAUCACAUCUUUUGACUUCAAACAUAGAUUGCCCAGAAUUUUAGAAUUAUUUAGGAAUAAAAGCAACAUGAAAACGUUACACUGUAGUAUGUAGUUGCUAUAUAAUUUCU